AUGCAGCGUCCACCUCGUCAGACACCACCGCGAGCCGCUGGUGCUCCGCAGCAAAGGGCCCCUAGGCCACUUGCACCAAGACCGGUGGUCUCUAGUGCAAAACCACCAACAACUAAACAAGACCAGAAUGCAGGAGUGCAACAAGUUGAACAAGGAAUUAGAAAUUUGACUACAGGAGAAAAUGUACCACAAGUACCGAUUGGUAGAGGAGCGGUAAGAGGUCGAAGGCAAAUGGACUAUGAACAUUAUAGGACACCAAGACCACAAUCUUCUUUGGGAGCAAUUGGAAAACAGGGAAAUUCUGGACAGCCAGUAAAAUUGUUGGCAAAUUACUUUCCCAUAACCUCAUAUACGAAUUGGUGUUUGUACCAAUAUAGAGUUGACUUCAAUCCCGAAGAGGAUAGAAUUGGUACAAAAAAAGGGUUAUUAGGUCAGCACCGAGAACGUUUAGGAGGCUAUUUAUUUGAUGGAACAAUGUUGUUUUCUGGAAAACGAUUUGAUCCACCUGUUUUUGAACUUACAUCAACACGCCGCUCUGAUGAUCAAAUUGUAGUAAUUACAGUAAAAUUCACAAAUGUAAUAGAGACCGGGGAUUAUGCCAACAUUCAAGUGUUUAACUUACUCUUGCGUAAUUGUCUUCGUCAUCUCAACCUAACAAUGAUUGGAAGGAACUUUUAUGAUCCAGAAGCCAAAAUUGAUAUGGCUCAAUAUAAGCUUCAACUUUGGCCAGGUUAUGAAACAACAAUUGGCAGGUAUGAAGAUAACAUUUUGUUAUGUGCAGAAAUUUCAACUAAAGUCAUGCGUCAAGAGACAGUAUUGGACUUUUUAAAUCAGUGUGCUGCUGAUAGAAAUAGAAAUAAAGAUUGGAUGAUUAACUUUAAAAGUGGGGUUGUUGGUACCACGGUGAUGACAUCAUACAACAACGAAACAUACAGAAUUGAUGACAUAGAUGAAAAUGCUGACCCUACAUCUCAAUUUAGUAAAAAAGAUGGAACUAAAAUGACAUACAUUCAAUAUUACAAAGAAAAAUGGAAUUUGAUCAUUCGUACUGCCAAGCAACCAAUGUUGAUUUCAAAAAAUAAGAGAUCCAUAAGGCAAUUUGGGGAAGAAGAUACAUUGAUAUAUCUUGUUCCAGAAUUAUGUGUUAUGACUGGUAUAACUGAUGCCAUGAGAAAUAAUUUCACACUUAUGAGAGAUAUGGCCAUACAUACUCGUGUAAAUCCUAAAGAACGCAUGGGACGUCUAACAAAUUUUGCAAAUCGUCUUCUUAAAACACCAGAAUCCGUAAAUGAAUUGAAAAGAUGGAAUCUUACUCUAAGUAAUAAGCUUGUUGAAUUAACUGGUCGUACUUUACAACCGGAACCAAUUCAAAGUCGUUCUCAAGGGUAUAAUGGCGGUGAAGAAGCAGAUUGGACAAAACAUUUACGCUCUUUACCAAUGUUCACUUCCGCAUCUGUGAAGAAUUGGGUCAUUUUAGCUCCUAGAGACUGUUGUCGAGAGGUUGAUAUAUUUGCUCAGAGCCUAGCAAAGGCUGCUGAAGGGAUGAAAUUUUUACUACCUAGGCCCGAUAUAGUCCCAAUGAAUGAUGGAAAAGCAAAUACAUUUUUAAUCCAUAUGGAACAAGUAAUAAAUGAAUCAAAUCCGGCAUUGAUAUUAUGUGUUAUUCCAUCGGCACGUGGUGAUAUUUAUAGUUUGAUUAAGCGGAAAUUAUGUAUUGAUAGAGCAGUACCAUCUCAAGUAGUACUGUUGAAAAAUGUGCAAAAAAACAAUUUGUCUGUAUGUACAAAAAUUGCUAUUCAAAUAAACUGUAAACUUGGUGGGGCUCCUUGGCUAGUCACCAUUCCUAAAAAAGGGAUGAUGAUAGUUGGUUUCGAUGUAUGUCAUGAUAGUCAACGGAAAAAUAUAUCAUUCGGAGCUUUAGUAGCAACCAUGAAUGAUUCUCAUACUAGUUACUUCAGUUGUGUUGAACCUCAUGAAAGUGGAGAAGAACUUUCAGUUCAUUUUGCUACUGGCAUAACUAAGGCCUUGGCCAAGUAUAGGGUUAAAAAUGGGUCAUUGCCUACUUCGAUUGUUGUAUUCAGAGAUGGCGUUGGGGAAGGCCAAAUAUCGCAUGUCCAUAAGACUGAAGUUAAACUUUUACAGACUGCUUGUGAACAAGCUUAUGGACCCAAAUCGGUUCCAUUUGCGUUUGUUAUAGUUACAAAACGUAUAAGUGCAAGAUUUUUUUCUCCUAGCAGUAGAGGCAUGGAUAAUCCUCGACCCGGCACAGUUAUCGAUACCGUGGUUACAGACCCAACCAAGUACGAUUUCUUUUUAGUUUCACAACAUGUAAGGCAGGGUACUGUCACUCCUACACAUUAUCAAGUGAUAGAAGAUACACUUAGACUUCCUCCUGAUAUAAUGCAAAGACUUACAUUCAAGUUGACUCACAUGUACUACAAUUGGUCGGGUACUGUGCGGGUUCCUGCUCCAUGUCAGUUGGCACACAAAUUGGCUUUCCUUACCGGUCAGACCCUCAGACAUUCUCCUCACACUGGAUUGGACGAGUUGUUAUACUUUUUAUAA